AUGUCUGCAACUGAAACUAUCACGCGUCCCAUCCAGCCCGAUAUUCAAUAUCACCCCGACUGGGAGAAGUAUCAAGCACGCUCCCGCUAUCGCAAGGAGACCGAAUCACUUGCGACCAGCCUGCCAGCGGGAUUUCCUGAAGAAUUAAUCUCGCCACUUGUCUGGGAAGGAAAAGAUGUUGAAAAGCGCAGUGACUGGAUUUACAAUCUGACCGAUGCGCAGCUUGAUGAGAUUGAUACUGCCUUGAAGAGCUUCAAAGCUCUCGAAAAGCCACUGGGACAUAUAAGCGAGUCCACCUUUCCUCUUCCCAAUCUUCGACCGGUCUUGAGAGACCUUUCAAGUGAGCUCCACAAGGGUCGGGGAUUUUUCGUUCUCCGGGGUCUACGCAUUGAUAGUUACUCUCGAGAAGAUAAUAUUAUUAUCUACACCGGUGUUUCCUCGCACGUUGGCAGCAUUCGUGGACGCCAGCAAGAUACAAGAUUGCAAAAUGGGACGUCACCCAUGAUUUCGCACAUCAAGGACAUCACUAGCAUCACCGAGAAAGGAAAGAUCGGGGCUCCCUCCAAUACAGCAGAUAAGCAGGUCUUUCACACCGAUGCUGGAGAUAUCAUCUCCCUUUUGUGUUUGAGUCCUGCCGCAGAGGCCGGUGAAAGCUAUCUGUCGAGCAGUGGGAAUGUAUACAACAUCCUAGCAAAGGAACGCCCUGAUCUGAUCCACACACUUUCACAAGACUGGCCGGUUGAUGGAUUCAAUAACCCUGAAAGACCAUACACACUUCGCCCUCUCCUGUAUCAUCAACCAGCAACAGAUACUGCUCCCGAGCGUGUCCUGAUUCAAUAUGCCCGGCGAUACUUUACCGGGUUCCUCUCCCAGCCAAGAUCGGCGGAUAUUCCUCCUAUCACCGAGGCUCAAGCGGAAGCAUUGGAUGCAUUACAUUUCUUGGCGGAAAAGCAUAGGGCAGCUUUGGAUUUUCAGAAGGGAGAUGUUCAAUAUGUCAAUAACCUGAGCAUUUUCCAUGCACGGAAUGGCUUUAAGGACGGCCCAGGGAAAGAACGACAUCUUCUACGACUCUGGUUGCGCGACCCCGAGAAUGCAUGGGAGACGCCUGAACCGCUCCAACAUCGCUGGGAUACCUUGUUUAAAGACGUCACCGAGGAAGAGCAGGCAUUUCCUCUUGCUGCUGGUGCUGUGAGAAAGACAGUGGGGUCUUGGCACUCCCUGCACGAGAUGUAUUUCCUUUUUCAGUGGCAACAUUUCACUCCGCCUCCCAUGCCACGUCUUUGA